CAAAUUUUUCAUGUCUUCACGUCCAUGUUCAAUCUCGCAAUCCUCAAGGACACUGUUGCGAUCCAUCCAUCUAAUUUCGGAGUACCGCCAGAACAGGCACUCAUCGUAGAAUUGAACAAAAAAUACGCAAAUCGUAUUCUGCACGAUGUGGGCCUCUGUGUGUCAGUUUUCGACUUGUCCGAAGUAGGGGAAGGCAAGGUUCGAUAUGGUGAUGGCUAUUUGUGGUAUAAAACCGUGUUUCGAAUGGUUGUAUUCAGACCGUUUACAUCCGAAGUUCUUUUGGGCAAAGUCAAGUCGUCGGAUGAGAAUUCUAUACGAGUGUCUUUAGGCUUUUUUGAUGACAUAUACAUACCAGCCAUAUAUCUGCCACAACCUUCCUGCUUUGACCCAAGCGAACGAGCGCAUUUUUGGAUGCCGGAAUCUGAACUUACGAAGCCUCACGAACUGUUGGACACCCCGACUGUAGGACGCAUGUAUAUUGACAUGGGUGAAGUAGUGCGAAUUCGGGUAGAGGCUGAUGAGUUUUAUGACGAUGAACCUGGUCCGCCGAAGGCGCUGGAAGGUGUAGCAGUCGCGAAAGAGGCACGGAGAGCGCCUUAUAGUAUCAUUGCCUCAAUAGCGGAGCAAGGUCUUGGUUCUGUCUCGUGGUGGAAUGGCGCGGGGGCAGAAGAAGAAGACGCUAUGGAAGAAAGUUGACUACUCGAGGACUUGCAAGUUCCCCAGUGAUAGUUGGGCUAUCGCGUUGCAUUGUGGAUAGAGUCCAGCACUUUCUCGGACUAUAUCUUCGACACGUUGCAGGAUCUAUCCGUCAAAAGAUUUACUGUAGUGAUGCAGUAGCUACGCAGUUGAUAUUCAUAUUGAAUAAUAUUUUGGUUUUGCAUCCACAA